AACCGGCACAUAAGAAUCACGUUUCGCGAUUUCGACGAGAAUCUUCGAGAAGUACGAGCUCAGAGUACUUUCAAUAUUCUGUGAAGUCCAAUAUAUCAUUCCAUAUAACUUAAAAAAUGUUGCGCUUGCCUCGUGUAGUCCGACAAACUGUUUCUUUAAAUAAAUCUCAUCAGUUCUCCAGAUUAUAUGCCAAAGAUGUGAGGUUCGGUGCUGAUGUAAGAGCCCUCAUGCUUCAGGGCGUCGACGUCCUCGCCGAUGCUGUUGCAGUCACAAUGGGUCCCAAAGGUAGGAACGUUAUUUUGGAACAGUCCUGGGGUUCACCAAAAAUAACCAAAGACGGUGUGACUGUUGCAAAAGGUGUAGAGCUUAAAGAUAAAUUCCAGAAUAUUGGAGCGAAACUCGUACAAAAUGUAGCGAAUAAUACAAACGAAGAAGCCGGCGAUGGAACCACCACAGCUACGGUCCUUGCCAGGGCUAUUGCAAAAGAAGGUUUCGAAAAAAUUUCAAAGGGUGCUAAUCCUAUUGAAAUUCGCCGAGGUGUGAUGAUGGCCGUAGACUCUGUGAAAGACAAGUUAAAGAAUAUGUCCAAGCCUGUUACAACACCAGAGGAGAUCGCGCAGGUCGCCACCAUCUCUGCAAACGGUGAUACGGCUAUCGGCAAGCUUAUCGCUGAUGCAAUGAAGAAGGUCGGUCGCGACGGUGUCAUCACUGUCAAGGACGGCAAGACACUUACCGAUGAAUUAGAAGUCAUCGAAGGUAUGAAAUUCGACAGAGGUUAUAUUUCACCAUAUUUCAUCAACUCAUCUAAAGGAGCUAAAGUCGAGUUCCAAGAUGCUCUGGUUCUCUUCUCGGAAAAGAAAAUUAGCAAUGUACAGACAAUCAUCCCAGCAUUGGAAUUAGCUAACCAGCAGAGAAAGCCCUUAGUGAUCAUUGCUGAAGAUGUUGAUGGAGAAGCACUGUCAACUCUCGUUGUGAACAGGUUGAAGAUUGGUUUGCAAGUUGCUGCUGUUAAGGCCCCAGGUUUCGGUGACAACAGGAAAGCUACACUUAGUGAUAUGGCCAUUGCUGCAGGUGGUGUUGUAUUUGGAGAUGAUGCCAACCUCAUUAGGUUAGAAGAUGUUCAGCUCUCAGACCUGGGACAAGUUGGUGAAGUUAUUAUCACAAAGGACGACACUUUGAUUCUUAAAGGUAAGGGCAAAAAGUCUGAUAUUGACAGGAGAGCAGAGCAGAUCCGUGACCAGAUUCAGGAAACAAAUUCAGAGUAUGAAAAAGAAAAACUGCAGGAGCGUCUUGCGAGAUUAGCUUCAGGAGUUGCAGUUUUACAUGUUGGUGGAUCCAGCGAAGUUGAAGUCAAUGAAAAGAAAGACCGUGUCAAUGAUGCUUUGAAUGCAACCCGGGCUGCAGUUGAAGAAGGUAUUGUACCUGGAGGUGGUUCCGCUCUCCUUAGGUGCAUCCCAGUCCUUGAUCAGCUGAAAACUGCAAACUCUGACCAAGCUACUGGUGUUGAAAUCAUUAAGAAGGCCCUCAGAAUGCCAUGUAUGACAAUCGCUACAAAUGCUGGUAUCGAUGGAUCAGUAGUAGUUGCUAAAGUAGAAGAUCUUGGUCCUGAAUUUGGAUAUGAUGCUUUGAACAAUGAAUAUGUUAACAUGAUUGAAAAGGGAAUUAUUGACCCAACAAAGGUUGUUAGAACAGCACUUACAGACGCAUCUGGAGUUGCAUCUCUCCUCACAACAGCAGAGGCUGUUAUUUGCGAUAUGCCACAAGAAAAGGAAGCAAACCCCAUGGCAGGUAUGGGAGGCAUGGGUGGCAUGGGAGGUAUGGGCGGAAUGGGAGGAAUGAUGUAAACUUGCUAAGGACUUAAUAUGCAUUUAAGGUGUACAGAACUAUAUUAGUUACAUCACCUGUUAAAGGUAUUGCAAUGAAUGAAUGAAUUACAAUUGUGCAGUGAAUGAUUAUUUUUCUUAUUAUUGAGUCUGAUUGUGUUAGAAUAGAGACGGCUGUCUUAGAAAUAUUUAGUUUAAUAUUUGCUUCAGUGGAGCAAGGUGUUAUUUUUUAAAAUAAAUAAAUGUUAUCCA